AUGACCAUUUUACCAUCCGAAAUAUUCGUUGAAAUUUGUCGAUUUCUUUCCCCUUGGGAAUUAGACUCUGUUUCAUUCGUUUGCCGUAAAUUCCGUGUAUUAUUAACUUGUCCCAGUUCCCUCACGACCAUGCAUAUAUGGCGUACGUCCAGGAAAAGUACGAUAUUCUUUCCACAGCUACCCCUACCCGAAGGUAUAAACGAAAGGGAUUAUUGUUUAAUCUCCAUGUUGGAAAGGGGUUGUCAAUUUUGCUCGGACAAAUUGGAUUACGUAAGGAUAUAUUGGAUUUUUCGCGUUCGGUCCUGCUGGGCCUGUUUGAUGAUUCGAACUAAGCGUAUAUCACAGAGGGAAUCAGUCCCCGAUUUCGCGGCUGGAUUGCCAUUUGCAACCAUUCGUGAAGAAGGAAUGUUUGGAUAUGAAUGUAAGGCAUUUUGGAAGUCUGACUUCGAGUUGGCUGAAGUUGAAUUUUCGAAUAUAAAAAAAUCGGAACGGAUGAAGUGGAUCGAGGAAAAGCGAGCCAAUCGCGAACAUCUAUUAACGGACGCCUUAGAACGUGAUAAUGCUGAAAAAAAAUUUCGAGAGAUAUCCAACCUUGCGAAAUUUGAGAAAGUCAGAUCAUUUGGUUUUAAAUUGAUGCAGGAUGUUUGUUGUAAUUUUAAUAAAAUAAGGUUAUGUCCUACAUUUAAUGAAACGAUCGCUCUUCCAGACCAUUUAUUUGCAAAGGUUACAUUUCAAACGUGGCGAGAUAAAAUAAUUAAAGAAUACCACGAGAACGAAAAAGAGUAUUCAAUUCGUGUGAGAUAUAACCAAAUCAACGAAAGACUAUUUUAUACGCUCGGAUCAUUAAUCGUUUGGAAGGAACAUUGCGCGACAUAUAAGUCGCCACCUUACGUUGACCAUGAUCCAAGAAAACCAUGGAGUGAAGAAUUUUUAGACAAUAUAAUCGUACCAAGGAUAUUAACGGAAGCAAUUGAAUGUGAAAAAAAAGCGAGAUGUGCAAAGAAAGCAUUGCAAUCAGUCGAAAGUUUAAUUUUUGAAAAUGUUAAAUCAGCUAUUUCAUUUGGAUUAGGAGGAGAGAACAUAGAAUUAAGUAAUAGUAAUAAUAAUAAAGGAUUAGAGAUUUUUAGGUGUAAAAUAUGCGAGAAAAAUUCCAAUCAUUUAUUAUAUUUUUAUCUUAACAUUAAAAAACAUUUACAUAAACGACAUAAUAGUUUAGAUUUAGAAUAUAUCGAAUUAGAUUAUAAUAUAAUGCAUAAACAUUUCGUGAAUUUUUCUAAUAAUUGGUUUAAAACGGGUGUUUAUCCGUAUAAUUUAUCGGAUGAAUAUAUGAAAAUUUUAAAAGAUCAUCAUAUGCCCUGGUGGGAUUAA